AUGAGUGAGUGGAGAAUAGUUAAAAGCUCACGAUUCAAUAAUUCUCGCAAUAAUGAUAGUUCUGCUAACCGUGGAAAAUCUCGUGGUCAGCUCAUCACUAAACUAAAUACUUUUAACGCCGCUGAGAAAAAGAACCCGAGAAUUCCGCAAAACGCGUCAACAACCGUUUCCGUGUCAGAAUCUCGGGAAAAUACCAUUUUCUCAAAGACAAAACAAAUCCGGAGUAAUUUUUCACAGCCCCGCGCCUCUUAUUAUGCAACUAUUAGUAAGGCUUCGUCAAAUGAAGAAGAAUCAGAUACGAGCUCUAGGUCCAAUUCACCUGAUCCAGAUGCAUUACCUUCCCUUCCCCCUUUUCACGUUAGCGUCUUCAUUUUGUGCCCUUUCAAGAACUGUCCUUUAGAACAACCAAUACUGAAUAGCACAGCUCUCUCGGAGCAUUUGAAAGAACAACAUAAGCUUGUCUUUAUCAAUUUGCAACAUGUCUAUAUGAUAUUGGAGCGUUAUCUAGAGUAUUGGUCACAAAAAAUCAUUGAGCAUGGCAUAGAAAAUACAGGGGCAAUAUUAGAUAAAGAUAAUUCAUUUUUCAUUAUUGACCCUGAAACCCUUACCGAAGAUAAAACGUUACGCGAAAACCUGCAACUUGAAAAAUUGAAUGAGGUUCUCCAGAUCCAGGCGCGUGAGCGUGACAAAGAGGCUAAAGAAGAAAGAAAAUGUUUGUUUUGUAAAAAUAUUUGUCAAAAUAGAUCAAUUCUCUUUCGGCAUAUGUUUUCUGAGCACAAUUUCAAUAUAGGGCUUCCUGAUAACCUAGUAAAUGUGAAUGAAUUUCUAUAUAUUCUCGAUCAGAAACUGACAAAUUUACAAUGCUUGUACUGCGAAAAAAUCUUCACAAGUCCAGCGGUUUUACGUAAACAUAUGCGAAAAAAAAAGCAUUUCAAAAUCAAUUCGAGAAAUCGAAUUUACGAUCGAUUCUACAUCAUAAAUUAUCUGGAACCGGGAAAAAAUUGGGAGAAUUACGAAAAUGAGAAAUAUGAAUCUGAUGAGGAUCGACGUGACGACUCGUGGGAUGAUUGGGAUGAGAUGGUUGUACCAGAACCUACAAUGUGUCUUUUCUGUGGUAAUAUGUGCAAUUCGCCAAAGGAUGCAUGUCAGCAUAUGAAGGCAAAGCAUAGAUUUGACUUAUUAGGCAUCAAACAUGAAAUGGGUUUAGACUUUUAUAAAACAGUCAUGCUUAUAAAUUAUAUAAGGCGUCAGGCAUCCUUUAUUAGAUGCAUGGCUUGUAAUACGUCAUUUGAUGAUCUUCAAAAAAUGACGGAACACAUGGAAAGGGAAAAUUGUUUUUCUAAAGUGCCCGAUUUAAAUGACCCUCUUUGGAAAGACCCACAGUAUUUAUUUCCUGCAUACGAGAACGAUCCUUUAUUAACUGGAUUCGAAGAGGCGAGAUUAAGUGACGAUGAAGAUGAUCCGGAAAAUAUGUUGAACACGAUUAUCGUACCCGAAAAACUAUUUCAUAACCUUGAUGAAUAUUUGCAAAAAGCAUUGGUUUUGGAUGAUAAAAAGAUAUUAUCUCCUUGA